AUGGGCUGCACGAUCAGCGCGGAGGACAAGGCUGCGGGGGAGAGGAGUAAAAUUAUUGAUCAAGUCUUAAAAAAAGACAGAGAGAAGUCCUCCAGAGAGGUGAAACUGCUUCUGUUGGGUGCUGGGGAAUCUGGGAAAAGCACAAUAGUAAAGCAGAUGAAAAUCAUACAUGAAGAUGGCUACUCGGAGGAGGAGUGCAUGCAGUACAAAGUAGUGGUGUACAGCAACACCAUCCAGUCCAUCAUGGCUAUCAUCAGAGCAAUGGGCCAGCUGAAGAUAGACUUUGGGAAUGCUGCACGGGGGGAAGAUGCUCGCCAGCUGUUUGCCCUGGCGAGCACGGCGGAGGAAGGGGCCAUGUCUGCAGAGCUGACUGGUGUAAUUCAAAGGUUGUGGAGUGACAGCGGGGUUCAGUCGUGCUUCGAUCGAUCACGAGAGUAUCAGCUCAACGACUCCGCCGCAUACUACCUGAAUGACUUGGACAGGAUCUGCGAGACAAAUUACAUCCCAACCCAGCAGGACGUGCUGCGGACACGUGUGAAGACCACUGGCAUCGUGGAAACUCACUUUACCUUCAAAGAGCUCUACUUCAAGAUGUUUGAUGUUGGAGGUCAGCGCUCAGAGAGAAAGAAGUGGAUCCAUUGUUUUGAGGGAGUCACUGCAAUCAUUUUCUGUGUGGCGCUCAGUGACUAUGACCUUGUCCUGGCGGAGGAUGAGGAGAUGAACCGGAUGCACGAGAGCAUGAAGCUUUUCGACUCCAUCUGCAACAACAAGUGGUUCACACGCACGUCCAUCAUCCUCUUCCUCAACAAGAAGGACUUGUUUGAAGAGAAGAUCAGCAGGAGCCCGAUCACUAUCUGCUACCCCGAAUACUCUGGUGGGAGCUCGUACGAAGACGCAGCAGCUUAUAUUCAGUGCCAGUUUGAAGACUUAAACAGACAAAAGGACAAAAAGGACAUCUACACCCAUUUCACAUGUGCCACAGACACCAAGAAUGUGCAGUUUGUGUUUGAUGCUGUCACUGACGUCAUCAUUAAGUUCAACCUUUCGGAGAUUGGACUGUACUGA